UUAAUUUUGACACAAUUAAUUAUCUGUGUUUAAUUUACUAAACAAAAACAUUGGAUUUUGAUUUAGCGCAUCAUUUCAUUAAAAAAAGGUUUUUCUUUUAUUAAACCAUUGGAUUUAUAAAACGCAAUGUACCCGUGGAACUGCUGUAGGAUGUGUGCGAGUGUACAAAGCUUACAUCCCAUAUUUUUACUACCGAGACACAGUGAAAAAUAUUCAAGUGUUAUUUUUCAAACAACAGGCAUAAAGGUUGCAAUGAACGAUUCACUUCCUCAAGAUAUGUGUUCAACGUGCAUCAGUUUCAUCAACGAAUCGAUAAAAUUCAGAAGAAAAUGCGAGGAAAUGCAGAAAAUUUUAACAGAUAACAAAACAAACGGAAUUAAGUUUGAAACAUUUAACAUAUUGAAAACCGAAGAGAAUUCAACCUCAAUAAACAUCAUAGAUGCUUUAGAUGAUGAUUUUAAAGAUCUCGAUGAUAAUAUAACAUUAGAUAAUUUACAAUUUAAUGACAUAGUACUAAAAGACGAAGGAAAAAACACGGAAAUUGCUGAUGAACCAAAACAGAUGAAAUACGAAGCUAGAGUCAUAGAAAUAGAUGAAAAACCUAUGGAUAUCAUGUUCAAAACUAAAAAGAGGAAAGCGAAAUCAAUAAAAGUGAAACAGAAAGAGAGUAAGGAGAAGACGGAGAGAGUUAGAGAGGAGAUAGAGUGUGAAUAUUGUCACAAGAUUUUAACGUCCAAACUAUCACUGAGGAAUCAUUACAAGAUUCAUACUGGAUUUGAUGUUGUUUGUGAGCAUUGUGGUAAAAAGUUCAUUACCCGUCGACUGCUACUGAUGCACUGUCGAGCCAAACACGGCUACGAGAAGACAGACAAGUGUUCCUACUGUGAUUACAAGGCAUCGAACGCUGAACAAGUCAAGAUACAUGAACGUCUCCACACAGGUGAGAAACCGUUCGUAUGCAAGGAGUGUAACGCCGGCUUCCACAGGAAAAGCAGCUACCUCCAGCACAUAGCAAUACACUUACCAGAGAAGACUGUACAAUGCGACCAGUGCCCAGCCAGAUUCAAAUCUGUGACCUUGAUGAGGAUACACAAGAACCGCCACCGACCCUCCCAGUACACGUUCAAGUGUGGGGUCUGCGACAACAGUUUCGCGAGACGGAGAAACGUGGCCAGACACCUGCAGAGGGUCCACGGCCUGCCACCCGACCAUCAGAUACACAGGAUUAAAAUACACUGA